AUGUUUAGCCUAUUGUCGACGGCCAUCAACAGCACGAUGGAAGUGUUGGCGCCGACCAUUGCCGCCGAAGACCAGCUCCUGUGGCACUGGAAUCAAGUGAUGGCCGUUUACGAGUCGGAGGACAAGUCACGGCUCGCCGGACCCAUUGAGGCCACAAAUAUUGGCCAACAUUUGUGCAAAAUGUGUGACAUCUUAUGCGAAGAGCAGAUCCACGAGUUGGAGACCAUAGGAGGCGAUGGGGAGCCGAAAGCGGAGACCGCUCUCAAUGGUUCGCCGAUCGGACCGUCGAUGGAGUUGUUAUUUCAACACAAGAUUUUGGACACAAUGAGUAAAUUGUCGCAAACGGACACUCCGUUAGGUCUGACGCAACACAUCCUCCACUUCUACACAACACUCAUCUCCAACUCAUCGCUUGAAUUACUGCCCCAUAAAUGUGUCUAUAAUUCUGUCCAGAAAUUGAUCAUCAAUUGCGGUAAACUGAUGGCCGGUCCGUACGAGUCGACUGAAAUGCAGUUCUUGAGCUGCAUUUGCGAUCAAAUCAAUCGAACUCCGGAUCUAAUCAACUGUUUUCUAAGUGAUUCGUUUCCAUUGAUAACCGCAUUAUUAGUGGCCGACAACAUGUUUAGCCUAUUGUCGACGGCCAUCAACAGCACGAUGGAAGUGUUGGCGCCGACCAUUGCCGCCGAAGACCAGCUCCUGUGGCACUGGAAUCAAGUGAUGGCCGUUUACGAGUCGGAGGACAAGUCACGGCUCGCCGGACCCAUUGAAGCCACAAAUAUUGGCCAACAUUUGUGCAAAAUGUGUGACAUCUUAUGCGAAGAGCAGAUCCACGAGUUGGAGACCAUAGGAGGCGAUGGGGAGCCGAAAGCGGACUCCGGUCUCAAUGGUUCGCCGAUCGGACCGUCGAUGGAGUUGUUAUUUCAACACAAGAUUUUGGACACAAUGAGUAAAUUGUCGCAAACGGACACUCCGUUAGGUCUGACGCAACACAUCCUCCACUUCUACACAACACUCAUCUCCAACUCAUCGCUUGAAUUACUGCCCCAUAAAUGUGUCUACAAUUCUGUCCAGAAGUUGAUCAUCAAUUGCGGUAAACUGAUGGCCGGUCCGUACGAGUCGACUGAAAUGCAGUUCUUGAGCUGCAUUUGCGAUCAAAUCAAUCGAACUCCGGAUCUAAUCAACUGUUUUCUAAGUGAUUCGUUUCCAUUGAUAACCGCAUUGUUGGCAUUACUUCAGAGUCCAGACCAAGAGAUAUCGACAAAGAGUGGCGACGCUCUCAUCAGACUCUUGUCCGCUGUGAACGAUAAGGCCGAAGAGAUUAUCACAUCUCAGACACCGUUCUGCAGCAAAAUAGUGGACCAAAUGGUGACACUCUAUCAGGCGAUUCCGCGGUUCUUAAGGCCGGAACAGUUGGAAAGCGCUGUCGAUUGUUGUUUCAAAAGCGGUGACUCCGAAAACGGGACCAGUUUUGAGUCCUUUUCACCGGCGGUCCGAAAGUUCCUCUGUUUUCUUCGAUGGUUUGUUUUUUACGAUAUGAUUAUCAAUAAUUUGCCCGCAAGUGAUGGUCUGUUAACGAAGACACUAUUGGAUCAGUUAAAGAGUGAUUUCCUCGAGUCAUGCAUUUGUCCAGAUUUACUGGGAAUCGGAUAUAGAGAGGAAUCCGAUGCAAACGAACACAUCUUCUUAACCACUGUUUUAUUAUCUAAUUGUUUGCGAAACACUGUUAGCGAACGGCUGUCCAUAACUAUCGGCGAGUUUCUGUUAAUCGACACCAAAACUGAUUCAUUGAUUGAAAAUAAAAAAUAUAGUGAAUUGAGAAACAAUUUGAAAAACAUUUUGUUAGAGCGAUGUCUACUUAUUGAACCAAACGCUGGCCAUCAGGUGAUCGAUGCCAAUCGGAUCCAAUUGUGUAUGUCAUCCAUGCAAUUGUUUGAAGACAUUCUCAUUAAGCCAUCGGUGUCUAUAUUAAACGAAUUGAUUGUCCAACACUUGGCUGACAGGACUUAUUUCGAUGAGACAGUGCUCACCAGUGAUCCCAAUCUCGACUCUAAUGAGUUCCAGCACUUGACCUCUCAUUCUAGUGUCGACUCCGAAGAAGUGAUUGAUGCCAAUCGGAUCCAAUUGUGUAUGUCAUCCAUGCAAUUGUUUGAAGACAUUCUCAUUAAGCCAUCGGUUUCUAUAUUAAACGAAUUGAUUGUCCAACACUUGGCUGACAGGACUUAUUUCGAUGAGACAGUGCUCACCAGUGAUCCCAAUCUCGACUCUAAUGAGUUCAAGCACUUGACCUCUCAUUCUAGUGUCGACUCCGAAGAAGUAUUAAACGGUUUUAGAAAUAGUUUUAAUUAUGUGUCCACUUCUCACGUGCAACGAGUUCUGCAAUACUUCACAUCAUUAGUUCCCGACGAACUCAAGAGCUGUCUGACCGUCGAUGACUUGGGUUACGAGACGUACGUCAGAGAAGCGCAGAAACAUUUCCAAGAGAUUGGAGUGAUUUGUAACAAAUGGAAGAACUGGUCGACAGAAAACAUUAUAUUAGAUGAUUCACAAGAAGUACAGACAUCUGAUCCGAAAAUGGUUAACGAGAUUAAUGGCGAUUCAAAAGUGAGACACAAUUCAAAAACCAAAGAGUUCUUUGAGGGACCCUUUCUGGCGAUGAUAUUCGAUAACUUGGAAUACAUGGUUGAUCUGCCCUAUGAAGUCAAUCUUCAGGUGACGUCUUUGAUCUCAAGACUGGCACUGUUUCCAAAUUUAUAUAUCAAUGAAUACCUUUUGGAUCCAACCAUUCCUUUAGUUCGCGGAACGCGUUCUCUGUUUUCAAUUCUGCAUAAACUGGUGGAUGAGUUGCAGAUAUCAGUGCAAGGAUUGAAUGGACUGAGAGAUAGACUGCAAAUCACGAGAAAAGCACUUUUAGGAGAGGCGGACAAAGAAGCCGAAGAAGCGAAUCCCGGAAACGACGAGAAGACCACACGAAUAAUGGAAGCGUUGAUCGUAAUCGAAGAGUUCUGCAAAGAGUUGGCCGCCGUUUCGUUCGUUAAAUAUCAUAACACUUUUUGAUGAGUGUUUUAAUGUCUGAAUUUUAUUCAACAAAUUUUAUGUUAAAAAUACGAAAUACAUUAUCAUUAAAACCGGUAUAAAAACAGUAAAUAUAUUGCAAAUUAUUGAGUCAUUAAUUAGUUUUUUAAAAACUCGC